AUGGUGGCCGAGCCAAGAACCCCCGAGCCGCCAGUCGGGUACAACACCGGCCAGGAAAUGAUGGCACGCGGUCCGUACGCACUGCACGAAGACAUCUCCGCCAAGGUGGAGACCGCGCUCGGGCGCGCGAUGGCCCAGAUGGAGGUGCACUUCAAGCACGUGUCGUUGGCAGCCGACCUCGUGGCUGUCCACGACCCGCGGCAUCGUCGGCGCCUGGACGCCAACGACCAGGAGAUCGCCGACCCGCGUAACGAACUGCCGACGCUGCCCAACCACGUCAUGAAGAAGGUCGCCGCGGUCUCCGCCAAGAAGCACUCGGUGCGCAAGCACAUCCUGCACGACGUCACAGGCUCCUUCCGCCCAGGAACGGUCACACUUAUCCUCGGUCAGUCCGGCGCCGGCAAGUCGGCCCUCAUGAAGCUGCUGAGCGGACGGUUCCCGAUGAAGAAAGAGAUCUCCGUCGAGGGCGAGAUGACGUAUAGCGGCGUCCCCCGCGAGAAACUGCUGAAGCGCCUACCGCAACUCGUCAACUACGUGACUCAAAAUGACACUCACAUGCCGACCAUGACCGUCCGCGAGACGUUCGAGUUCGCGCACGAGUGCUGCGGCCCGCACCUGGACAAGCGGACGUCGGAGCUCCUCUCGCGUGGCUUGCCAGCGGAAAACGCGUCUGCUCUGCAAGCCGCCAGCAGCGUCUUCAAGCACUACCCGGAGAUCGUCCUCCAGACGCUCGGACUAGAAGACUGCCAGCACAUGAUCGUGGGCAAUGCGCUUCACCGCGGCAUCUCCGGUGGCGAGAAGAAGCGCAUGACGACCGGCGAAAUGGAGUUCGGCAUGAAGUACGUCACGCUCAUGGACGAGAUCACGACGGGACUUGACAGCGCUGCGGCGUUCGACAUUAUCGCGGCGCAGCGUAGUAUGGCCCAGCGCUUCCACAAGACGGUGGUCAUUUCGCUCCUGCAGCCGUCGCCUGAGGUGUUUGAGCUGUUUGACAGCGUCCUGCUCCUUAACGAGGGCCGCGUGUUGUACCAUGGACCCACGUCUCAGGUGCAGCAUUACUUCGAGUCACUUGGCUUCAUCUGUCCGCCGAGGAGAGACAUCGCCGACUUCCUGUGCGACCUCGCCACGCCCCAGCAGAUCCAGUACCAGCAAGGUCGACCCCCUCAGGAGCAUCCCACCCACCCGAUGCUUGCAAGCGAGUUCGCCGAUCUGUGGGUCAACUCUUCGCUCUACCAAGUGCUUGAGAGUGAGGACGAUGCGCGAGCUGCAGCCCUAAAAGACUCCGUCGACGCUGCGAACUUCAUGAAACCAGUGCGCGAGUUCCAUCAGAGCUUCUGGCCGAGCACGUGGACGCUGAUGAAGCGCCAGUUCAUCCUGACGAAGCGCAACCACGCGUUCCUCAUCGGCCGCGCGAUGCUUGUGAUCAUCAUGGGGCUCAUCUUCGCGAGUCUCUUCUACCAAAUGGACAUGGCGGACACCCAAGUCACGAUGGGCGUCAUCUUCGCCGCCAUGCUCUUCCUGGGGCUGGGCCAAGCUGCAAUGCUGUCGACGUUCUACGACUCGCGCAACGUCUUCUACAAGCAACGCGCCGCCAACUUCUACCGCACCUCGUCCUUCGUGCUGGCGUCGUCAAUCAGCCAGAUCCCGUUGGCGUUGUUGGAGAGUCUCAUGUUCGGUUCGCUCGUCUACUGGGUGGGCGGGUUCGUGAACGAAGCGGGCGCGUACUUGCUGUUCGAGCUCUUCCUCAUGCUCGUCAUCUUGGUGUUCCUGGCGCUGUUCUUCUUCCUCGUCGCAGCGACGCCGAACUUGAGCAUCGCCAAGCCCGUCGCAAUGGUCAACUUGAUGAUCUUCAUUCUUUUCGGCGGCUACGUCGUGGCCAAGAACAGCCUCCCCGACUGGCUAAUUUGGCUCUACGGGAUCGACCCCGUGGCUUGGACCGUGCGCAGCGCCGUCGUGAGCCAGUACCGCAGCAGCGAGCUGGAUGUCUGCGUCUACGAGAGCGUGGACUACUGCGCGGCGUACAACAUGACCAUGGGUCAAUAUGCCCUCAGCCUCUUCGACGUGCCCUCGGAGAAGAGCUGGGUGGGGUACGGCAUCCUCUUCAUGGCAGGCGCCUACGUGUUCUUCAUGAUGAUGUCGUACUUUGCGCUCGAGUACCACCGCUACGAACGACCAGAGCAUAUCGCGCUGCCACACGAAGAGAAGGAGACUGCUUCCACCGAUGACGAGGAAGGCUACGGCUUGAUGAAGUCUCCACGGACGGACACUCCGAGCAGCGGGGACGUGGUGCUUCGUGUGAACAGCUCACACCCCGAGAGAAAUGUGGAUCCUGUUUCAGUCGCCUUCAAAGACCUCUGGUACACCGUGCAAGCUCCUGCUGGACCUGGUCAACCGGUACAGUCGCUCGACUUGCUGAAGGGUAUUACUGGAUACGCCCCCCCUGGAAAAAUCACUGCCUUGAUGGGCUCGACUGGCGCCGGCAAGACGACGUUGAUCGACGUGAUUGCUGGACGCAAGACCGAGGGAACAAUCAAGGGCAAGAUCCUGCUGAAUGGUUUCGAGGCCUCCGACCUGAGCGUUCGUCGCUGCACAGGCUACUGUGAGCAGAACGACAUCCAUUCGACCGGCUCAACGUUUCGCGAAGCCAUCACCUUCUCAGCUUUCCUUCGUCAGGGCUCGGACGUCCCCGACAGCCGCAAAUUCGACACUGUUGAUGAGUGUCUCGAGCUGCUUGGCCUUGAAGAAAUCGCGGACCAGAUGAUCCGAGGCAGCUCCAUGGAGAAAAUGAAGCGCCUCACGAUCGGUGUCGAGAUGGCUGCGCAGCCGAGUAUCCUCUUCUUGGACGAACCCACCAGUGGACUUGACGCGAGAUCUGCCAAGGUCAUCAUGGACGGAGUCCGAAAGGUGGCAGACUCGGGACGUACGGUGCUGUGCACCAUCCAUCAGCCGUCUACCGAUGUGUUCCACUUGUUCGAUAGUCUUCUGCUCCUCAAGCGCGGCGGCGAGACGGUGUACUUCGGCGACCUGGGGCACGAAUGCAGUGCCCUAAUCAACUAUUUUGAAGCCAUUCCGAGUGUGCAGCGAAUCACGGACGGAUACAACCCCGCCACAUGGAUGCUGGAAGUCAUCGGUGCAGGUGUCGCAAGCCAACGCCAAGUCGGCCAGGCAAAUGAAGACCAGCAGCCCAUUGAUUUCGUCAAGUAUUUCCAUGCCAGCGCAAACAAGAAGUCUCUCGAUGGCAAGAUGACCGAAGCUGGUCUGUUCCAGUCGUCCGACCACUUAAAGCCGGUGAGCUACUCCAAGAAGCGUGCGGCGUCCAGCGCCACGCAGCUCCGCUUCCUUCUUGAUCGCUUCUUCACCAUGUACUGGCACACUCCAUCGUACAACUUGACUCGGCUCUGCAUCUCAAUCUUCCUCGGCUUGGUCUUCGGCUUGGUGUACAUCAGCGCAGAGUUCAAAACCUACCAGGGCAUCAAUAGCGGGCUUGGCAUGGUCUUCAUUUCGACGGUCUUCAUUGGGGUGUCCUUCAUCAGCAUUCUGCCUAUGGCGUUCGAGGAGCGAGCCGCAUUCUAUCGAGAGCGCGCAUCACAAACUUACUCUGCUCUCUGGUACUUCGUCAGCUUCACGAUCGUCGAGCUCCCGUACGUGUUCGUCGGCGCCGCGCUGUUCACGGUCAUCUACUACCCCAUGGUUGGGCUGGAGGGCUUCGUCAACGGAGUCGUGUACUGGAUCAACGUGGCUCUGAUGAUCCUCUUCCAAGCGUACAUGGGCCAACUGCUGGUCUUCGCGCUGCCCAGCAUCGAGGUCGCCGCAGUGAUCGGCAUCUUGUUCAACGCCAUCUGCCUCCUGGUCAUGGGCUUCAACCCUCCGGCGAUGCAGAUCCCUCAGGGCUACAAGUGGCUCUACGCGAUCGCGCCGUUGCGCUACUCGUUCUCUGCGCUCGCAGCCAUCGCCUUCGGCAAGUGCUCCAACAAGCAGCUCGUGAACAUCAUGGUGGCAAGCGCCAGUCCGGGCGGCAUCGCGCCGCUCGACAUGUCCGACUACCCGCACGGCUGCCAGAUCGUGCAGAACGCGCCUGCCACAGUCGGAGAGAUCCCAGUGCAGACGUACGUCGAGGCUGUCUUCGGCAUCAAGAACGCGCACGUGGCCCAGUAUUUCGGCAUCAUGGUCGGGAUGAUCGUGUUCUUCCGCGUGCUCACGGCGCUGGCCAUGCGCUACAUCAACCACCAGCAGCGGUAA